AUGGCGCACCUCUACCUGGAUGGCUUCGGUGGGAAGCGCUGCUGCCUUUGCUGCAAAAACACCGAGUUCGAAACCGUCAACGGUGUGCGGUCUUCCUACCAGAAGUUCCCCGAGUCCAAGUUGCAGGCGUGUGGUGUGGCUAUCGAUGCUUCGGGCAAGGCGAUCGGCUUGAUCCAGCUCGGCUUUCACGACACCCCAGGCGACUGGGAGAUUCCGUCCUGCUGUGUGUGCAUGCAUGCAACGGUGAAGCCGAGCGAGUGCCACGUGGAACGAAUUGUGGUGGGGGCCGCGGCGCGCGGCAAAGGGCUUGGAACCAAGCUCCUCAACUGGGCUGAAGAUCGUGCACGAGAGCGCGGCUGCAAGACGAUGUUCUUGGAGGUCGUUAGCGGCAAUCCUGCCAAGAAACUCUACGAGAAGCAUGGAUACGUCCAGGAGACUACUGCAUGUGGAAGAUGCAUGAUCUGCCCCUUCACUUUCUGCAUCAUGGGGCACGUCUACGCCGACACCAUGCGGAAGCCUCUUCCAUGA